UGUCCAGGUCCCAGAUGUCCUCAGAGAAGCAGGAGGCACUGAUGGAGAACAUGACCCGUAUGGAGGACCGCUCUCGGGAGCUUCAGCAGUCCCUGGGCGACAUCUCCUCUCAGGCAGACCUCAUGGAGAACAUCUGGAAGCUGGAGAGCUUGUUGCAGAACCACAGCGAGUCCUUAAAGCAGCUGGGCCGGGCAGUGAGUGGCCUGGAGAGGGACAUCAGGGAUCUGCAAGGCCACUGCCAGUCGACAGACAGCACCAUGGAGCAGCUGGGGGACCGUGUCUCCGUCCUGAACCGCUCCAACGAGAGGAACGUGAGUAGGCUCAGCAACCAGCUGGUCCAGGCCUCGGUCUCACUGCACGACCACAACCUCCUGCUGAGGAGCACGGCGGACCAAGUGGACCAGCUCAAGGACAGGCUGGAGGAGGUUGGCUGGACGGUCGGCGCAGUCAACCACACGUUCACCAGCGACAUCAGCGUCCAUCACCUAAAGAUCCAGGACCUGCAGGUGCAGAUCAGCAACGCAAGCCAGGACGCAAUGUACAUGAGGGAGACACAAGUGCACAUGGAGGAGACCCUGAAGAAUGAGGUCGAGAUCCUCAGCACCAUCACAGAAGACCUGAGGCUCAAGGACUGGGAACACUCCUAUAUCCUCAAGAACAUCACCUUCUUAGAAGGUAACGGCCCCAUCACUGAUCACUGGCUAGAAUGAAGUUUAUGUCAUUAUAAUCUCCCUAUGAUUACUGAGCUCCUUUCACGAUGGUUAAGGAAAAUGUUGAAGAUGUUGAUGUUAUGUAUGGUAACUCUAGAAUCAAUUACAGAUUGUAUUGAGACUUGCUCUCAUACUCAAUAAAUUUCAAAUAAGUAUGUCAUUAUUAAUGUUAGCAGGAAUUAGACAGAAUUCAGUGAUGUGAAUCCAUGCCAAAUAAGACUUUGAAUCAGAAUCUGAUUUAUAUUGUAUGUGGAUGGGACAGUGUUUUAUCUAGGCUGGAAACAAUUGUGGGUUACAUUUAGAAGCCUCCAAAACCAAGGAACUUAGCCCUGUCAUUUGUUCCACUGAAAAUCCCAUUUGUUUGUCAUUAAGCAUGGGUUUAACCAGGAAAGCUGCACACCUUUUCGUGGUAAUUGGCGUUUCUGGCCAUGAUGCCUCCUCUCCCUCCCUUCCUCACUCCAUCCCUCCAUCCCAAUACCUUUAGCUUACAUUGCAUUCGGAAAGUAUUCAGACCCCUUGACUUUUUCCACAUUUAGUUACGUUACAGCCUUAUUCUAGAAUUGAUUAAAUUGUUCUUUCCCCCUCAUCAAUCUACACACAAUACCCCAUAAUGACAAAGCAAAAACAGGUUUUUAGAAAUUUUUGCAAAUGUAUUAAAAGUUAAAAAACUGAAAUAGCACAUUUACAUAAGUAUUCAGACCCUUUACUCAGUACUUUGAAGAAGCACCUUUGGCAGUGAUUACAACCUUGAGUCUUCUUGGGUAUGACGCUACAAGCUUGGCACACCUGUAUUUGGGGAGUUUCUCCCAUUCUUCUCUGCAGAACCUCUCAAGCUCAGUCAGGUUGAAUGGGGAGUGUUGCUGCACAGCUAUUUUCAGGUCUCUCCAGAGAUGUUCGAUUGUGUUCAAGUCCGGGCUCUGGCUGGGCCACUCAUCCUGGUUUUGGGACCACCAGUAAAGAUCCUUGUUUCACCAUCUCUGACUACUGCCUACUGUCUAUCCUGCACCGUACCUGGGUCACACCUCACACCAACCCUUACAUUUACAUUUUACAUUUUAGUCAUUUAGCAGACACUCUUAUCCAGAGCGACUUACAGUUAGUGAGUGCAUAAAUGUUUCAUACUGUCCCCCUGUGGGAAUCGAACCCACAACCCUGGCGUUGCAAGCGCCAUGCUCUACCAACUGAGCUACAGGAAGGCUUUCAUGGGCCAUUCAAGGACAUUCAGAAACUUUUCCCGAAGCCACUUCUGCGUUGACUUGGCUGUGUGCUUAGGGUUGUUGUCCUGUUGUAAGGUGAACCUUCACCCAAGUCUGAGGUCCUGAGUGCUCUCGAGCAGGUUUUCAUCAAGGAUCUCUCUGUACUUUGCUCCGUUCAACUUUCCCUCAAUCCUGACCCAGUCCUUGUCACUGAAAAACAUCCCCACAGCAUGAUGCUGCCACCACCAUGCUUCACCGUAGGGAUGGUGCCAGGCUUCCUCCAGACGCGACGCUUGGCAUUCAGGCCAAAGAGUUCAAUCUUGGUUUCACCAGACCAGAGAAUCUUGUUUCUUAUGGUCUGAGAGUCCUUUAGGUGCCUUUUGGCAAACUCCAAGCGGGCUGUCAUGUGCCUUUUACUAAGGAGUGGCUUCUGUCUGGCCACUCUACCAUAAAGGCCUGAUUGGUGGAGUGCUGCAGAGAUGGUUGUCCUUCUGGAAGGUUCUCCUAUCUCCACAGAAGAAGUCUGGAGCUCUGUCAGAGUGGCCAUCGGGUUCUUGGUCACCUCCCUGACCAAGGCCCUUCUCCCCCGAUUGCUCAGUUUGGCCGGACGGCCAGCUCUAGGAAGAGUCUAGGUGGUUCCAAACUACUUCCAUUUAAGAAUGAUGGAGGCCACUGUGUUCUUGGGGACCUUCAAUGCUGCAGAAAUGUUUUGGUACCCUUCCCCAGAUCUGUGCCUCGACACAAUACUGUCUUGAUGCUCUACGGACAGUUCCUUUGACUUCAUGGCUUGGUUUUUGCUCUGACAUGCACUGUCAACUGUGGGACCUUAUAUAGACAGGUGUGUGCCUUUCCAAUUCAUGUCCAAUCAAUUUAAUUUACCACAGGUGGACUCCAAUCAAGUUGUAGAAACAUCUCAAGGAUGAUCAAUGGAAACAGGAUGCACCUGAGCUCAAUUUCGAGUCUCAUAGCAAAGGGUCUGAAUACGUAUGUAAAUAAGGUAUUUCUGUUUUUUAUUUUUUAUGAAUUUGCAAACAUUUCUAAGAACCUGUUUUCGCUUUGUCAUUAUUGGGUAUUGUGUGUAGAUUGAUGAGGAAAAAAAAUAAUUUAAUCAAUUUUAGAGUAAGGCUGUAACGUAACAAAAUGUGGAAAAAGUCAAGGGUUCUGAAUACUUUCCGAAUGCACUGUAUGUUUCAUGCCUACCUUCCAAUUUGGCAGCGGUGGACAAAUGAGAAGGGAAAAAAAACAUUUAAGCAAAGUUUAGAGGCGGAUUAAGAAACUGUGAUGUGUUGGUCUGAGGAGAGUGUGAGCAUGGAAACAUUUAUAUUCAUCACACAGCCACUUGAUUAACAGUAAUGACCUCAGCAGUGACAUGUUUGCUGUUUUAGUGAAGUGUCUUCUGGCUGUGAGGAUCACUGUGUCCAUUGCCUUCAUUCUCAUGGAAAUGUAAUUGUUAUAAUUUAAACAUUGAUCUAGCGGUAAUUUCAUUUUUCACCAGUGGUGAAACAAAAUAAGGAAAAUGUGAUGUUCUUUUAGUGGAUAAUUUGAUAAAUGGUCAUCCUUGGUGUAAAAACAAUAUCAGCCACCUUAAAUAGCCUAAACAUGUUUGUUUUUAAAGUAUCACAGCUUCAUCAGAAAGCCAAUGGUUUAAAUAAUCUAUCUAUCAAGUUGAUACCAAAUAUCACAAAAUGGAUUGCAUUGCAGGCGUUUUCCCUUGACAUGCAAAUAGUGCAUUACCAAUGUGUGGUUUCUGUCCAGCCAACUCAAAAUUGCUGAUCCAUGACACAGCACCACAUAUUGGUGCUUCACGGAUGGCUAUUUAUGUGAAAGUUGCACGCUGGUUGACCCUCAUGGAGCAUGUUUGUUUUUCUUGAGCAUUCUUCAUUUAAUUAAUAGAAGACUAUUAAGAAGUGAUGAGUGAUACCAUUGGUCCCACUAAAACAAACCAGUCACCACCAAUUAAGUGGAGUGGUUUUCCCUUCAGACCCCCCAGGGUGAGAAGACUUCCAAGUCAACCUUUAACCCUGACUUCUCAUUAGCUACUCCUUUACGCCAGGAUAGUAUCUUAGGAUCUAAGGAACAGUUCACAUUAUGAUUUGAAAGGCUACUUUUGAAAAUGUCAGUUGGACAAAACAAGACUAAAAUCAAAUGUUUUCAUUUGUGGUUCCAUUGUGGUGUACCUUGGGUAACGUGGUUUCCGUUGUGGCCAAGCUGAUUCUACAAACAAGUCUGAAGUCAGUUAACUGGAUCCAAGUAUAAAAAAUUGUUGGAUGAUGUCCCUUAACCAUGUUUCAGACUCAGAUUCUGCCUUGAGCUCCUCUGCUUUAGUCAGAGGGUGUGGUGAAACAUGAAUGACAUACCAAGAGGAAACUGGUGAUUUAUGGGAUUACACAACUUCAGCAAUCAUAUUGUCUUCAUAUUACAGUAUAUUCAUCAGUUUGUUAUCUCGGGAUCAACUCAACGCUUUAAUUAGGUUGUUUUCAACAGGGCCUCCUGGACCAAAAGGUGAGAAGGGCGAUGUGGGGCCACUUGGGGCCACUGGUGUGGCAGGCCUCACAGGGAUGAGAGGUUCGUACACUGUACUGUACAGUCAUUAGUCCUAUUCUAACUUUCAACAUACAUUAUAUUAUUCAACCAUUUUUCAACCAUGUCCUCGCAACCUAAUAAUGCUAGCAACCUAAUAACAGCCCCCAACUGGUCUCAAAGCAUCCUGGGAAAGGGAGCAGGGGCAUUCCCUUAGAUAGUCUUUCAUUACAUAAUUAAAUGAUGAAUAAAGAAAGAGAACAUUGGAAAAUGUUAUUAUGGCAUGCAAGCGGACCAUCAUACUCAAAGAUUCGGAUAAGAUAGGCUGUUUGCAUUCUUUGAAACGCAUGUCAGAUAUUCUGUUUGAAAAGAUUGGGAAAAUAAAUCCAAUGCUUUGUUUAUGUCCUCCCGGCAGGUUUUACAGGAGAAAAAGGCAUCCAGGGACCAAGGGGACUAAAGGGCCCGAGCGGCUCCGAUGGCCUACAGGGGGAGAACGGGGAUAUGGGACCCGAAGGGCCCAAA